AUGCGAGUGCAAGAUCAAUCUAGCCGUGAUGGCCUGCUAAAGCUGGUUGUCACUGCAAUUGAUGACCCAUGUGCUUUUGAGCUUCGCCAGCAGGAGGAGGAAAAAUUGGCCGCCGAACGAUAUGCCGCAGAACAAGAACAACUGAGGCAGGAAGAGGAGGAGGCAAGGGCGGCUGCUGAACGAUAUGCCGCGGAACAAGAACAGCUUCGACAAGAACAGCUGAGGCAGGAGGAGGAGGCAAGAGUGGCCGCCGAACGAUAUGCCGCGGAACAAGAACAGCUUCGACAAGAACAGCUGAGGCAGGAGGAGGAGGCAAGAGUGGCCGCUGAACAAUAUGCCGCAGAACAAGAACAGCUUCGACAAGAACAACUGAGGCAGGAAGAGGAGGAGGCAAGGGCGGCCGUUGAACGAUAUGCUGCGGAACAGGAACAGCUUCGGCGAGACGCGGAAGAAGCUGCAGCUGAGCAAGUUAACCGAGAGCAAAUUCAGCGUGAAGAGGAGGAAAGGCAUACUGUCGAGAGAGCUGAACAGGAACAGGUUCAAAAGGAGGCCGAGGAAAGGGCAGCUAUUGGGCACGCGGCUGGAAAGGCACGUCUUCAACAAGAAGCGGAAGAAAGAGCCGUUGCUGAGCAAGCAGAUCAUGAGCGGCCUGCAAGAGAGGCAGCGGAGCCAGUACAGCUGCAGCCGGAGGAAGAAGAGAGGGCGGCUGUGCCAACAGCCGCAGAGGAGACGCACACCCCACGGCCCGUCACACAGCUCGACUUCGCACCCUUCAUGCCCAUUAAGGGUGAUGGCGCUCACAGCACCGUUGACCCUGCAAGCACUGAGCGAGCGACGAACGUCGCAGACCCCCCUCCAGAAGUUGAGAGUCGAAAAGCUGCUGAAAGCACCGCCGGAUCAACACGGUUGGAAGUCUCCCAAACGCGGCAGGGUAAGCUGCGGAGACCUGGAGGCAUCCCAAAAGCUUCGGAGAGAGGUGUUUCACAGGGGACUGCGACAAGAGCCGCUGCCGAACGAUCUUUGAAAACGGGCAACAGACUCCAACGCUCGCAGCCAGAUUCGCAGCUUCAAGGGGCAUCCAGGCUCGAGGAUGUGUCAACCGGCGCUAGAACGGUCACGAUCAUUUUCAAGGCUCGCGAGCAAGGGAAUUGGGUUGACACAUAUAAGAUGGUUAUUAACCCGUCCGAGCCUUCCGACCGGUCCAUGGUGGAGCGAAUGGCUAAGAAGGAUGCUUGGAACCGACUGGCGACCUUCUAUGACAAGAACUUGAAACCGAUCGCUCCUGUACAGUGCUGUGACGCGGCCAUCGAAGAUGGGACCAACACCGUCUUCAUGGUGUUUGGCGGGGAGUUGAACGUCGACGAAGAGAUGGUGGCGUCUGUGUCACAGUAUGCCGACAGCGAACGAGAAUGA